GUAUUUUCUUUUGUGUUGGGGUCGUCUCGUCGCAAUCGCAAAGCCGGACCUGGAGCUGAAGCUGGAGGAAGCCGCGCGUACGCGAGAGGGAGUCAGUCAAGUCCAAAGCUGGAUCGGUUCGUAUUCGGUCGGAGUCGAGGCGAGGAGCCAGACAGAUUUUUUCCAGCAACGCAACACGGCGAACGUGUGGCACUUUUCUUGAUUGUUUCGUUUGGUUCUUGAAUUUGAUGGAGGAUUUUCGGUGCGUCGGUGCUUUUCCGUCGGCGUGAAUUUUCGGGACAAAGCGAUCGUAAAGUGUUAAUGCUGCAGCAAAACCGGAAGUGAGUGAAUUAAGGCAGUGAAGAUUGUGAAGAACGCGCAGGUGGCACGAGAAAAAAAUACAUUCCGCGACGACUGGACCGCUCCCCAAUUUUCAGGCGUGAAAAGAGAAAUUGCUUUUGUCUUUGGGGCAGCGUACAGAAGCGAAAGACCGCAAUGGAAUUUGUGGUUGCAAAAAGUUUAAGGAACACCGUUCGAAGUUGCUAAUCCUGUUGCUCCUAUCCAUACGGAUGCUGGAAUAAGCCUGGUAAUAAAGUGAAAAAAGAAGGAAUAAGAAGUGCUUCCCCCCGUUUCGUUCCACCCGUGUCCCCUUUGGCGUGCUUUGGUGAACUUCAUAUCCUGUGGGAAGGACACCCUUUUAUUUCGUAUCAUACUCCGAUAAGGCGUAGUUGUCGCAGUUCAAUUUCCUUCUUAAAUAUAUUACAAGUGAUAAUCCCAUUCCUUUCCUCCCCGCACGGGUUACCGAAGUAGGCCGUGCGCAGUGCUCGCUCACAUUACCUGCUGCCUACUUAGUGGUGGUUUCAUCGGCCAGCAGCCCGGAGAAACGUGAAAGUGAAGGAAUUUGGUGUAAACACAGAGCCCCAGUAUCGGAAAAAGGCGAAGAAGCAAUAAGCAAAAGGCAAUCGCGCCGCAAGAUAGAAAGAAGAGAGUCGCGGUAGUUCGACGAAAACGACGACGGUGGUGGUUUUUUGUUGUUUUGUUCUAUUUUUCGCCGCCUCGUUGGCAACGUGCGACGACGACGACGACGACGGAGCAAAGUGCAAAGCAGAAAGCACGAAGAAAGUUGCUGACUUGCUGGCUCUCCCGUCUGGAUCUAGUCGGCCGGCCGUUGUCUCGACACCGUGUGGACAGAGAAAGGAAAGGAAACAAACAUCGACCCUGCGAAGCUCCAAAGCAAGCCAGCCAGCAUCAAAGCAUCCCACAGAAUUCACACAAUCCACCGCACAAAACAAACCAGAAUCUCUCAGUCUGAAUCUUUCACCUAGAGCAAUCGCUUGCAUCAUAUGGACCAAUGGAAAAAUCUCCCACAUAAAAAGCAGCAAAAAGAGAAGGAUACCAACGGAAUCUUUCAGGAGCGGUAAUCCUGAAACAAUAGACACCCUGUGAUUGCCUCUGGCGUCGUUGGAACAACAAAACGUACUACAAACUAGCACAACAACAAUGGCCGGACCAGAAAUCACCUUCAUCUUCCAGUUCGGUAACCUGCGGGACAUCGUUACCGUAUCCAGCCAAGCGCUAACACUGAAAACGCUCAAGGAUCUAGCCUGUGAUUUUAUCAAUACUAAGGUACCCGAGAACGGAUUAAACCGUUUAUCAGACCGAUUGCUCCUAUUUCGCCAUGACUACACUUCGUCCAAUGUGCUCCAAAUGAUCAACUCCGCCGCCGAAAUCAUCGACGAAACCCUGGUGGAAAUCGUACUGACAGCAAACCCCAUCAACGCGCCCGGGUCCGAUGACAUCCCGUUGGUGCGACCGCACGCCCUAGCCGUCCACUCGUACAAGGCUCCCACGUUCUGCGACUUUUGCGGCGAGAUGCUGUUCGGGUUGGUCCGCCAGGGGCUCAAGUGCGAAGGAUGCGGCCUAAACUAUCACAAGCGUUGUGUCAUCAAAGUGCCAAACAACUGCAGCCGGGUGGAGCACACCGGAGUGCUGAAUGCCGGCGGCGGCAGCGGCAACCGGCGCAGCACAUCUUCCAGCCUGCAAGCCCCACCAACGAGGAGCCCCUCCGGCGGGUCAAGUACCUCGCUCAUCUCCGACGAUCAGACAACCAGCGUUGGAUCCGGUUCGCUGCUGCUCAAUCCAAAUGUCCCAUCCACGGCCGCCGUUCGCCAGAGCCGAUCGCCCUCGCUCGGAAGCCGGGGUGGUGGCGCCGUCGGGGGCAUCAAAAUACCUCACAGUUUCUCCAUUCACACCUAUACCCGUCCCACGGUAUGCCAGUAUUGUAAGAAACUCCUCCGCGGUUUGUUCAAACAGGGCGUGCAGUGUCGUGACUGUCACUACAAUGCCCACAAGAAAUGCGUGGACCUAGUGCCGAAGGACUGUACAGGGGAAAAUACCCAACCGGUAGAUCCGCACGACGAUCGCAACCUGCUAGGGGAGCGUGAGAUGACCUAUAAGGAAGAUGCGGGUGACGAAAGUGACCUAGAUGACAAUCUCUGCGGCAGUGGCCUGUUGAAUAACAAUAAUAACAGUAUCAAUCAGAAUCGAAACGUUAACCUGAUGGACAGUGGACCCCCGGUGAAAAUCAACGGUAUCAUGUCGGCGCUGCACGAUGACGAGGCGUCCGACCGGCUCGAGGUGAUAUGUGAACAAUCGCGACAAUCCAGCAACUCUUCGUCUUCCCCGAGUGCGAACAUCCCCCUGAUGAGGAUCGUCCAGUCCGUGAAGCACACCAAGCGGCGCGAUGGGCGCGCCAUCAAGGAAGGUUGGCUGGUGCAUUUCACCAACAAGGACAAAUCCGUUAAACGGCACUACUGGCGAUUGGACUCGAAAGCGAUCACGCUUUUCGUGUCCGACCAGGGUAGCAAGUACUACCGGGAGAUCCCGCUGAACGAGAUUUUAACGGUGGAUGCGGCGAGGAACCUGCAGAGCGAAGUGCUGCACUGUUUCGAAAUCCGGACGGCCAACGUGGACUACUUUGUCGGGCAGGACCCGCUGUAUAAUCUGAAGGAAGGAGACCCCAUGCUAGCGCUUCCACCGCCGGACAGUGGAAUCGGAGCAUACCUUGCCAAAAGUUGGGAAACGGCCAUCAAGCAAGCGCUGAUGCCGGUCACCAACAUCCGGUCGGAGUCGGCCGGCGGUGAACCGGAGGAAAAAGUCACCGACAUGAGCCAGCUAUAUCAGAUCUUUCCGGAUGAAGUACUCGGUUCGGGCCAGUUCGGUAUCGUGUAUGGUGGAGUGCACCGGAAAACGCACCGAACGGUUGCGAUCAAGGUGAUCGACAAGCUUCGGUUUCCCACCAAACAGGAAGCCCAGCUCAAGAACGAGGUUGCCAUCCUGCAGAAUCUGUCGCAUGCCGGUGUGGUCAACCUGGAACGGAUGUUCGAAACGCCUGAACGGAUAUUCGUCGUGAUGGAGAAGCUGAAGGGUGACAUGCUGGAGAUGAUCCUCUCGCAUCAGAACGGCCGGCUGAACGAGCGGGUUACCAAGUUUCUGAUUACUCAGAUUCUGGUCGCAUUGAAAUACCUGCACAGUCGGAAUAUUGUGCACUGUGAUUUGAAACCGGAGAAUGUACUUCUGUCGUCGGACAACGAGUUUCCACAGGUGAAACUGUGUGAUUUUGGCUUUGCCCGAAUCAUCGGAGAAAAGUCCUUCCGGCGAUCGGUCGUUGGAACCCCUGCUUAUUUAGCUCCGGAAGUCCUGCGGAACAAGGGCUACAACCGCUCGCUCGACAUGUGGAGCGUAGGAGUCAUCAUCUACGUAAGUCUGAGUGGCACUUUCCCCUUCAACGAGGACGAGGACAUCAACGACCAGAUCCAGAAUGCGGCCUUCAUGUACCCCCCGAAUCCGUGGAAGGAAAUUUCCUCUGAUGCGAUCGAUCUCAUCAACAACCUGCUGCAGGUCAAGCAACGGAAACGCUUCACGGUGGACAAGUCCCUGCUGCACUGUUGGCUGCAAGACCUGCAAACCUGGAACGAUCUGCGCAUCCUGGAAACUCAAGUCGGUCUGCGCUAUCUGACCCACGAGUCGGACGAUGCUCGCUGGGGCAAUUCCUCGAUGGGCAGUGGUAUCCCAUGACCUGAAUCGGCUACAGUCACUUCAACAGCAACAGCAACAGCAGCAGCAGCAACAACAACAACUACAGCAGUCACUACCACGAUUGGUGGUAGCAGCGAUGGAGGAACGGCAGUUGGCAAUAGCAGUAGUAACAACAGUAACAGCAGCAGCAACAACCAAUCCUCGCCGAAAAUGAAUGACUUCAGAGGGAAGGCCUACAAGUGGGUACGCGGACGUCUCUGCCGGUUGAUCAAGGCCUAGGGUUGUCCUUGCCUCACUACAACAAGUAGGUAACACUUACAUAUAAAUAAUUAUAUGAUUUACAGAGAAAUUACCCUUGCAAGUCAAGAGAGUGAGAAUCAUGGGGAUUAUUCUACGUCCGUAAGGUUUCUGAAUUCAAUGGAAAUUUAAGAGUUUUAAAAGUCGACUUAAUUUUUUUAAGUUGCUUUCUAUUGUUCAUUUUGAACAGGCGGAUAUAUUUCACUAAAUUUGUGGCAAUAAGUAAUCCCCAACACUUUUUUUUAGAUCUUCCCAUUCGCGCAACUUAAACCUUAAAACACUGUGAAAUAUGUAAUUAUAACAUAACUGAUUCGAAUGCAGGCGAAAUGCCUGAGAACAACUUCUUAUACUAAAUAUUUAGAGAAAAAAAAGUUCAAUCACUAACCUUAUAAUUAGCCAAGGAACUAUUGUGAGAAAAUGCAAUUAGGUAAAAAUCGCUAGGUCGAACAAUACAAACCAACCAACAAACUGAAGGAAUUGAUAACAUACAUACAUGAACAGGUUGAUUCAACUGAAACAGCUAAAUUGAUUAACCGACACGAACUUACGUAGGUAUUCUAUUAUAAAUACUGCUAACGAGUAAUUCAAAUUAUCUAGCAAAAAGGACAUACACUAGAAAAGCUCUGAGCACGACUCAGCCUUUUUCUAAAGCUUUUCCUACUUAUCAAUACUUCCGAGGCAGAAUCGGUCGAACGGACAUGCGUACAAUAAACCUACGCGCGCGUGUGCAUAUCUUUGAAAAUGAUCGCAAAUGGGACUGGAGGAAGGCGUUUUUAUCUAUUCCACUGAUUUUACGUUCUUAUUUUUAACUGCAUAAGGUCUAAUUUUAAGCGAUUCCACUGACUGUGUACGCGUACAGGUACCUGUUCUCUUUGCGUACUACUACCUAUCUCUAUGGUGCGCAAUUCUGUUGAAUUUUGGUUUGUUAGCUUGCUUUAAACUUUGUCUUCUUUUCUGUUUGGGGGGAUGAGAGUUCGUUGACUUUGUAAGGCAGACAAAUUGACUGGACCAUGCGAUAAUCGGAGGUCGCUUUUUUCGCGGUUCUACCAAUACUUAUCCUGAUUUUGGCAGUUUCCAUGAAUGUAAGACUAAACAGUGCUGGUAAAUGUCAUGAAUUUCACGUGACUUUGAUAAUAGUGAGUGAGUUUCCAUGAAUGUAAGACUAAACAGUGCUGGUAAAUGUCAUGAAAUUCGUAUUUUUCUUUUUAGAUAAAUUUGAUAUUUUACAAGACUAGAUCAUCAUACAAUUCGUCGUUGCUAUUCCGUGAAUGACUAUGACGCCCUCAUUUAAACUCAAUUUAGAUAUAGAACAAUCAAAGCUGCACAUAUGGAACUAACUGAUUGUGCAUCUUUGAAAGUCCCAAGCUGUAUAAAGUCAAUAACGACGCCGACCACGUCCUUACGGUCACCAAAAAAAGAAAGGAGUGUUGACACCCGUUGCUAUUUGAGUUCGAGUAUACCUCUACAUCUCCACAGUUGUCAUUCAGAAAUUCUUUCGCACCUGUUUUCAGAUGUUCCUCUAAAGAUUUCUUUGGAAAAUCAUUCGAAUACUUUAUUAGAAAUUACUCUGGAGAUUUCUUUAAAUAUUCCAAGAAAUUCUUCGAAAAGUCAUCUAGAAAUUGUUGAUAUAUCUUAGUCAUUCACCUCUUGCACGACUUCCUUCUGAGAUUCUACAGGCAUUCAUCUAAAGAUGUUUCCAUAAAUAGUUUCUAGGAUUUCUUGAGAUUUAUUAAGGAUAUCUUCAAACAUUCAUCCAAAGAUUUUUUCAGGAAGUUUGCUAUCUAUAAAUUACUUGCCUAAAUAGAAAGAUGGCCAAGUUCUCUAUCUUCUCUUAUGCUUCCUUAUGUUUUUAAUCUAGACUGACCUGAUGGUAGUAGAACUAAGAGCCGAUGCACACGGGCGGCGCGUCCACGCAGCGUGCACGCAAGUGCGUCCUGAGUUACACACAAUCAAAUGGGGUGAUGCACACGAGAACGCAACGCUACCGCACCGCAACCGCGCCGCACCGUGUGCGGCACGCAAUGUCAACGCAUGCCCCACAGGAACGCUGCGGCGACGCAGCGUGAAUUCACGCGGCGUCAAUUAACGCUCGUGUGCAUCGGCUCUAAUGGUAACAGCUCUGCGUGGGACUCGCUGAUCAACGGGUGUGAUUAGGCGCCGUCCACAAAUUACGUAACGCUCUAGGGGGAGGGGGGGAGUAUGGCCGAGCGUUACGGUCCAUACAAAAAUUUUAGGAUUUUCAUACAAAAAAGCGUUACGGAGGGGAGAGGGGGGGUUAAAAAAUCUUGAUUUUAGCGUUACGUAAUAAAUGGAUGCUGCCUUACAUGCUUCUUAAGAAAACAAUAUAGAGAAGUUACCCACGAUUUCGCUGAUCGCUACCUGUUCCCUGUUGACUAUUGUUUUCGUUUCAAGGCAUUUAAUGUGUUCCAGAACGUUUCAGAGUUUUUUCAAGGCGUCUCAAGGAGAUCUAGAGGCUUUUCAAUGCGUUCCAGAGGCAUUUAUGGGUGUCUUUAAAUGUUUCAGAGUAUUUCAGGGAAUUUGAAGAUGUUUCAGAGGCGUUUUAAUGUGUCUCAAGGUGAUCCAGAGGCAAUUUAAUUUCUGGCCUUCUUAAGGCGCUACAGGGAGUUUCAAGAGAUUUCAGACACGUUUCAAGGUGAGGUGAGAUUUUUUUGGAAGUUUCAGGAGCGUGAUCAAGAGUCGUCGCAAGAAUUUUCAGAGCAUUUCAGGAGGCUUCGGAGGCGUUUCAGUGGUAGUCUUUGGAGAUUUCAGAGGUGUCUCAAGGCAUUUUAGCGUGUCUCAGGAAGUCUCUGAAGGUUUCUAAAGGCUGUUUGAAGGCGUUACAGGGCGUUUAAGUGUGCUUUUUGUGGUGCUUCAGUAGAUUCUAGAUGCAUUGCAAUGCGCCUAAAGAUGUUUCAUUUUGUAUCAGAGAAGCUUCAGAGCGUUUCAGGAGAUUACAGAAGGAUUUCCAUGCAUUUAAACGCAUUCCAGAGCGUCUCAGGAGGCUUCAGAAACAUUUCAUGGCAUCUCAAAAGUUCCAAGGCAAUCCAGAGGCUUUUCAUGGCGAUGCAAGAAACUUCAUGGCGUUUCUAAACGUCGCAAGACGUUUCAAGAAAAUUUAGGAAAUUUCAGUGUUUUGCAUGAGCUUUCAGAGGCAUUUCAAGCCGUUUGAAAGCGGCUCGGGGCGUUUCAGGAAAGUUUCAGAGGUGUUUCAAGACGUCUCGAAGCGUUUCAGAGGCGUCGCAAGAAGUUUCGAAGCGUUUCAGGAUGUUGUGGAGAUUUCAGAGGCGUCUCAAGGCACUUCAGGGGGUUUCAGAAGGUACCAGCAGCACUUCAAUGCGUCUCAAGACAUAUCAGGUACGUUUUAGAUACGUGCCAAGUCGUUUCAGUGCGUUUUUAGCACUGUCAGCAUUUCAGGGAAUUUUUGGAGGUGGUUCAGUAGGCUUCAGAAGCUUUUCAAUGCGUCCAAAGGCGUGUCAGAUACGUUUGAAGGCGUCUCAAGAUGUUUCAUUUUGUUUAAGAGGCGCAACAAAGCGUUUCAGAAGGUUUCAGAGGCAUUACGAGGCAUUUAGAAGUUUCAGGGCGAUUCAGAAGGUUUUAGAGAGGUUCAAGGCGACUUAAAGCUUUCCAGAGACGUUUCAAGAAGAUUCAGGGCGUUUCUGAACUUUUCAGGGGGCAUUUUAUGGCGUCUCAAGGCAUUCCAAGGCACUUCAGGUUUCAAGAUAUUUCAGAGGUGCUUCAAGGCAAUCUUGAGGCGUUUCAAGGCGUCCCAAGGAAGGAGUUGUUGGGAGUCUCUAGAGAUUUCAAAGCUGUUUCGAAGGGUGUUUCAUGGCGCUCACGGCUUUUCGUUGCUUUUUCAGUGCGUUUAAGGUGGUUUCAAAAGCGUUUUAAGGCGUCUCGAUAAGUUUGAGAGCGUUUCGAAGGUGUUUCAAGGCAUCUCAAGGCUUUCUAGACGCGUGUCAAAAAGUUUCAGGCCGUUUCGGAACGUUUCCGGAGGUUUCAGAGGUAUUGCAUGGCUUCUCAAGGCGUUUCAACUUCGCUUUGAGAAAUUCAAAAAAAAAAACAGAGGCGUUUUAAGACGUUGCCAGAAGUUUCAGGACUAAUUUCAAGGUGUUUUAUGAGCUUCCAGAGGUGUUAGAACGCCAGAGCAAAAGGAUCUUAUGGGAGCUGUACUACGCCUUUUACCUUAACGGGAAACGUCAUUGUCACAGGUCACAAGUGAUCCAAGAUAAACUCUUCAACAACUUCGAAAACCCCAACUAACAAUAACUCAUUCUACAAGCACCUUUACGACGAAUUAAUUCAGCAUGAUGCGGAAUAACAUUUGGAUAAUUUUCAGGCACAACCUUUAUUCGGAUUUUGUCAACACAAAUUUGGAGAAACUAUAAAGCAUGUUGUUGUGUACCAACUGAACUGUUUCUUGUUAAAUCGUUUUACAGUUAUAUAGUAAAGCUGUUACUCAGCUUGAGCAAAAAUGAUUAAAAAUAAAUAAAAAUGCAUUUUUUUUCAAUUUUCACGAGAGUUUAUGAUUGGCACUUAUGCUGUCGAUUACCAGCCGCAUGCCUUCCUAUCUACGCCACCCUAUAGAUGAUGAAUUUAAGCGCUCAAAUCGAAACAUAAACUUCCCGUGGUUUAACCUUCCGUAACUGGCGCGGUUGGCCCCCUAAAUCAGCAGUCAGCACCACGCCAAUGCUGAGUACAAAAAGCGAGAUUUUUUUCACAUUAAUUCAGCUGCUGUUCAGUAAAAACACGUGUUUUUCAUCCUGUACUCUGAGUCGAAGUAUAAUGAAACGAAAGCGCUUAUUUGAUUUGUGAAAAACACUACACAGAUACAAGAAGCACAAAACGGUCUUGUUAAACUAUUGUAUUAGACGCUUGAAGUGUUCAAAAUUAUCAUUGUUAAUACGAAAGGUUGAACAUUGGCUACAUUUUCAAUUUAAAACGCAUUUGUACAGUAAAGUGUACAGCAUAAUUUUAGUUCAGCUAUCAUUACUAUUAUAAAGCAACAAUUCAGCAUGCAUGCUUGUUUGCGGCUUGCUAUUGUUAGUUGGGGGAGCGAACAUGGUGUAAUGGUUAGAACACUAGACUAUCACGCCGAGGACCUGGGAUCGAAUCCCACUCCCGAAAAAGCGUGGGUCUACCAGAGAGGUAGAAUCUUGUGAAAACCAGAGCAAUUUUGGAUGCUCCUUACACGUUAUCAACUCACCAUUUUUGCAGCCCUGAUAGUCAAGAAGUAAAGUUUAAAGCAAACAUCCUUAGCUAUUCAGUAAUGACAAUACUAACUCACAAGAAUACUCUUGAUGAAAAGAUAAAAACAACUAAACGAGAUCUGAACUGUUUUAUAGAUGAAUAUGCACUGUGAAAGUCACGGUGGCUUAGUUGCCGCCCAGGUAUGUUGUUGUAUAGGUAAGCCUUUGUUAUGAACAACAUGUUAAGUGUGUUUAAACGCAUCGAUAUUCGUACUGUCAUCACAUUAAAUGUUUUGAUUGUGUUACUUAAGGAAAGCUUUUAGUGUUAUCUUCUCUUAUUUUAACUUUCGGUAGCUUAUUGUUAGGAGAAAUGAACCUGUAUUACUGUUUUAUAACGAAACAUUCCCUUGUAAGGAGCUUACACACUUUUUUUAUUGUCCCGUUUAAUGUUUUCGUCUUCGAAAAUAAAUCCAGUUUUUAUUCUGA